AUAAAACCCACAGUUGGUUCCUUCUCAGUUCAGGGAAUCCUCGGUACCGUAGCGGCGGUGACAACAGUUCUGUUGUAAUGUCAGCAGCUGGUCUCUGUCAGUUUUUCUUCAGCCGUUCAGGAUUUUGGACUUUAAUCUUCUUCGUGGUUUUGGUCUGGACGCCUGUUAAAGGAUGAAGAUGAUCUCCAGGAUCCUGCUGCUCCUCAUCCUCAGCUCAUGUCUCUGUGCAGCAACAUUUGUAGUGAAUGUGACACAGAGCAGCUAUCAGGCAGAGGAGAACCACAACAUCACUCUGGAGUGGACCUUCACCUCCAGACCCGACUCCUCUCUGUCCUCCAUGUUUAUCCUCUGUGACCUUCUAGCUCCACCUAGAAGAUUGGUUCUCUAUCGGGUCCAUGAAGGUGUUGAGAUUCCAGAAUCUCAGGAUGAUCAGUUUUCAGGACGAGUCCAGAGUGACAAAGACGUCCUCAGAGAAGGACGAAUCAGACUCCAUGUGUCCAGACUGAGGACUGAAGACUCUGGUCUGUAUCUGUGUGGAGUGAAAACUGAAGAUGGAUUCAACUCUGGAAGAUGUCGACUCAACGUAUCCAGUCUAAAGAUGAUUAAAUCGACGGUUCCUCACAGGAACCUCAUCAGUCCGACGCCACAGGAGGAAACCAGGAGGAGAGGUCGUCGGUCCAGGAUGUUUCUUGUUUUCCCCGUUUUUCUCUUCAUCAUUUCUCUGAGUUCACUUUUCAUCAUCAGCUUGAAAAAUUGCUCCAAAACCACAAAAUUUCAACAGAACCCCCUGAGAGCCUCUGCCUUGCAGUUUUGUUGCCUUGCUCAAGAGCAGACCUGUGUUGAUGUGGAGAAAAACUUCAUCCAGUCUCUCAUUGUGACUCCUGAUCAACUGCAGCGUCAUGGAAACUGUGGAGGUUGAGUCGAUCAGUCUGAGGCUUAUCGAUGAAACCAGGUUCUUCAUAAAGAAGCUCACAGAUUCUGCAGGAAUCCCACAAACUUUCAGAUAAUCAUGAGAAAAUGUGGAUUUUUCUCCAGGAAGAGGAAACACCUGAAGAGAAGCUCUUAGUUUUUCUGUGUCUGCCUACAGAUCAAGGUGACCAGUCUGAGUGGAAGGUUUUCAGUCAACAAUCUCUGACUGAAUGUCACAAAAACUGAAGAAAUGAGAACAGAUUUUAGAAAACGCAGCUCAAACCUGCAACCUGUCCAGAUGAAUGAAGUGUGUGGAGAGACACCAGUAACAAAAUCAGCUGGUCUAGAAACGCUGGGAUCAAACUGGCCCAGCCUGGCCUGAACCAGUGAAGAGUCGCUGGUUUCUUUCUGAGCUUCAUGGAGACAUUUGAACUUUCUGCAUCGUUUGCUGCUCCGCUGGAUGUUCCAAUCACUAACACUUAAAAUAUUAUAUUAAUGUUUUUCACUACAGAAAUACUUUUAUCUACGCAAAAUUAUGUUUUGUACUUGAAUAUUUAUUGUUUUUCUACUGUUGACUAUUUAUUGCCAUAAAGUGAAGUUUGAAAUGUUU